AUGAGAUACUCCCUCGGCUUCUCCGGUCUUUUGACCGUGGCCUUGAGCUCCACUGGCCUCGCUCAGACUACGACUCCUGGACCUUCUACCACCGACUUCUCCACCUCUGGUGGCAUGAACGUCCCCACCUCGGUCACCUCUCAGCUGCCCGUCACUUUCACCACCACCAUGACCACUAUGGCCAAACCCACCAAGUCUCCCGUCCCUGGCAAGUGUGAGUGCGGCACUGGAACCUGCUUCACCCCCGAGAUCUGCAGCAUCGAGUGUACCACCGUGUAUGAGGACUGCUGCAGCAUUGAGGGCUCUGACAUCCAGGUGUGCAAGAACCAGUACACCGUCUGUCUCGGCUACAACCCCUACGACUCUGUCUUUGUCAAGCCCACCAGCUGCAAGCACGACAAGAGCUACUACAUCGAGUACGAGUCCAAGUACACCAGCUCUUACUUCGAGGAGAAGUACAGCUCCUACUACUCCUCUUCUUCAUACUCCACCUCUUCUUACCACUCUGGCUACCACGCCGGCUACUACACUGCCGAAUACUGCUGCCUCGAGUGCACCACGAUCUACGAUGAGUGCUGUGCUGUUCCUGGUGCUGAUAUCGCUGUCUGUAAGGAGAAGUACACUGUCUGCCUCGGCUACAACCCCUUCACCGUCGUUCCCUGGGAGGUCCCCUCUGUCUGCAAGCACGAGGAGUCUUACUACAAGGAGUACGAGUCCAAGCACGGCGAGUCUUACUACAACUCCAAGUACGACAAGUCCUACGAGCACGGAGACUCUGGCAAGACCGACUACGGCCACAAGGAGAUUAUGGUUACCGAAGAUGAAUGCUGCGUCCAGUGCACUACUGUCUAUGAUGAGUGCUGUGCCGUCCCUGGUGCCGACAUUGCCAUCUGCAAGGAGAAGUACACCGUCUGCCUCGGCUACAACCCUUGGGACGUUACCCCCUUCGUGAAGCCUACUGUCUGCAAGCACGGUGAGGACUCUGGUUCCAAGGGCAGCAACAACAACGGCGGCUCCAGCUCCAGCUCCAGCUCCAGCCAUGAGGAGGAGUGCUGUGUCCAAUGCACCACUGUCUACGAUGAGUGCUGCUCCAUUGACGGCCACGACAUCGAGGUCUGCAAGAAGGAGUACGUCGUCUGCCUUGGCUACAACCCCUGGGACGUUACCCCCUUCGUCAAGCCCACUGUCUGCAAGCACGGCGAGGACUCUGGCUCCAAGGGCGGCAACAACGGUGGCUCCAGCUCCAGCUCCAGCAAGUCCGAUAACUCCUCCAAGACCUCUGGCUCCAAGUCCGACAGCUCCAGCAAGUCUGGUGGCUCCGACGAGGAGUGCGCUGUUGAGUGCACCACUGUCUACAAGGCCUGCUGCGACGCUUCCGGCGCCAUCAUUGAGACCUGUAAGACUGCCUACACCACCUGCCUCGGCUUCAACCCUUGGGACGUCACUCCCUAUGUUGAGCCCACCGUUUGCAAGAAGGGUGGCAAGCCUUCUGGUGAUGAUGUUGUCGUCGUCUCUGGCGGUGAGCGUGUCCGCCCCGUCCUGGCUCUCCUUGCCAUGGGUGCUAUUGCUCUCCUCUGUUAG